CCGGCGCUGCCCCAUGGCGCUGCCCGGGCUGUACGCGCAGUACAACAGGGUUUGGAUCCCUGAUAGUGAAGAAGUUUGGCAGUCUGCAGAAAUCACAAAAAACUAUAAAGCUGGAGACCGUUUUCUCUCUGUGCGAUUAGAAGAUGGAACUGAACUGAAUUACGCUGUUGAUCCAGCUGCUUUGCCACCCCUACGAAAUCCUGACAUACUUGUUGGUGAAAAUGACCUCACUGCACUCAGUUAUCUCCACGAGCCAGCUGUUCUACACAAUCUUAAAGUUCGUUUUGUGGAGUCUAAGCUUAUCUACACCUAUAGUGGAAUAAUUUUGGUUGCAAUAAACCCCUAUAAACAAUUGCCAAUAUAUGGAGAUGCUAUUAUCCACGCAUAUAGUGGCCAAAACAUGGGAGACAUGGAUCCACAUAUAUUUGCUGUGGCAGAAGAAGCAUACAAGCAGAUGGCAAGAAAUAACAAAAAUCAGUCUAUUAUAGUCAGUGGAGAAUCAGGAGCUGGAAAGACCGUGUCUGCAAGGUACACUAUGAGAUACUUUGCCACUGUGAGUAAGUCAAGCAGCAAUGCACACAUGGAGGAUAAAGUACUGGCAUCCAAUCCAAUAACCGAGGCUGUUGGUAAUGCAAAAACCACGCGGAAUGAUAAUAGCAGUCGGUUUGGGAAAUACACUGAAAUCAGUUUUGAUCAAAGUUACCAAAUCAUUGGAGCUAACAUGAGAACAUACCUGCUUGAGAAAUCCAGAGUUGUCUUUCAGUCAGAGAAUGAAAGGAACUACCAUAUAUUUUAUCAGUUGUGUGCAUCUGCUGUGCAACCUGAAUUUAAGCAACUUAAAUUGGGAAGCGCAGAAGAAUUUAACUACACAAGAAUGGGUGGCAACACAGUAAUAGAAGGAGUUGAUGAUAGAGCAAAUAUGGUGGAGACUCAGAAGACGUUUGCCUUACUGGGUCUGAAGGGGGAUUUUCAGAUGGAUGUUUUUAAAAUGUUGGCAGCAAUUCUACACUUAGGCAACGUAGGAAUAAAGGCUGUUGGAGAUGAAAGAUCAUCCAUCAGUCUGGAAGAUAAACAUCUUAAUAUAUUCUGUGAACUUCUGGAUUUGAACUGUGACAAAAUGGCACAGUGGUUGUGCCACCGAAAGAUUAUGACUACCUCGGAGACCGUAAUAAAGCCAAUGACAAGAGCUCAGGCUGUUAAUGCAAGGGAUGCUCUGGCAAAGAAGAUCUAUUCUCAUUUAUUUGACUUUGUUGUGGAAAGAAUUAAUGAAGCUUUGCAGUUCCCUGGCAAGCAACAUACUUUUAUUGGUGUUUUGGACAUUUAUGGCUUUGAAACGUUUGAUAUCAACAGUUUUGAGCAAUUUUGCAUUAAUUAUGCUAAUGAAAAACUGCAGCAGCAAUUUAACCUGCAUGUCUUUAAACUUGAACAAGAAGAAUAUAUGAAGGAAGAUAUCCCAUGGACUUUAAUAGACUUCUAUGACAACCAGCCUGUCAUUGACCUUAUUGAAGCUAAAAUGGGAAUUUUAGAGCUUCUGGAUGAAGAAUGCUUGUUACCUCAUGGUACAGAUGAAAACUGGCUUCAAAAGCUAUAUAAUAAUUUUGUUGAUAAAAAUGCAUUCUUUGAAAAGCCAAGGAUGUCAAACACGUCUUUCAUCAUUCAACACUUCGCUGAUAAGGUAGAAUAUAAAUGCGAAGGAUUUCUGGAAAAAAACAGGGAUACAGUACAUGAAGUAUUGAUAGAAAUCUUGAAAGAGAGCAAGUUUCAUCUGUGUGCAAAUUUUUUUCAAGACAAUCCAGUGUCCGUUUCACCUUUCAGUUCAACUAUCAGCAUCAAGUCUGCAAGACCUGUUCUCAAGUCACCUAACAAACAGCUCCGGAUGACUGUGGGCAGUAAGUUCCGGAGUUCUUUGUCUUUACUUAUGGCGACACUCAAUGCAACCACCCCUCAUUAUGUACGAUGCAUAAAGCCAAAUGAUGAGAAGCUGCCUUUUGAGUUUGAUUCAAAAAGAGUGGCUCAGCAACUGCGAGCAUGUGGUGUUUUGGAGACUAUUCGGAUUAGCGCACAGAGCUACCCAUCCAGGUGGACUUACAUUGAGUUUUUCAGCCGUUACAGCAUUCUCAUGACACAGCAGGAACUUUCCAUAAAUGAUAAGAAGCAGAUUUGCAAGAUUGUUUUGCAGCGGCUAAUCCAGGAUCAUAACCAAUAUCAGUUUGGGAGAACAAAAAUUUUCUUCAGAGCUGGACAGGUUGCUUACUUAGAAAAACUGCGAUCUGAUAAACUGAGAAACGCAUGCAUCGUGAUUCAAAAGAGUGUUCGCGGAUGGCUGCAGCGGAAGAAAUUCCUUCGUGUAAAACAAGCAGCUGUUAUAGUACAGCAGUAUUUCCGAGGACAGCGGACCAUACGGCAAGCCAUAACUGCAAGAACUCUGAAGCAAACGUGGGCAGCUAUUGUUAUUCAGAAAUACUGUCGAGGUUACCUGGUCCGUAGAAUUUACCAGCUCAUCCAGGUGGCUGCUGUAACAAUUCAAGCUUAUACAAGAGGAUUUCUAGCAAGAAAAAAAUAUCGGAAGAUGUUUGAAGAAUACAAGGCAGUGAUCCUUCAGAAGCACGCCCGUGCGUGGCUUGCCAGGCGCAGAUUUCAGAAUAUUCGGCGGUUUGUAUUGAAUAUCCAACUCUCAUACAGAGUUCAGCAACUGCAGAAAAAGGUGGAAGAACAGAGUAGAGAAAAUCAUGGUUUACUGGAGCGAUUGACCAGUCUGGCUUCAACUCAUAUGAACGACAUGAAUACAAUUCAGAAACUCCAGUUAGAUCUUGAAAAGUUAACUGCUGAGAAGAGCAUAUAUGAAAAUGAAAGGAAAAAAUAUAAAGAGGACACUGAACAGAAAAUCUUAGAACUUGAGAUUCAGAAUAAAGAGUUACAAAACCAGAAGGAGAUCUUGGAAAUAAAACUCCAAGAAAAAAAUGAGGAAAUGAAAGAGAAAAUGGAUGACCUCACGAAGCAGCUCUUCAAUGAUGUACAAAAAGAAGAAAAUCAGAGAAUGAUACUUGAGAAAAAUUUCCAAAAUCAGAAACAGGACUAUGAAAAGGAGAUUGAAUCGCUUAAGGGAGAAAUUAAAGAUCUGAAAGAAGAAAAAAAUUGGCUACAACAUCAAAUUCAGCAAGAAACUGUCAUUCAGGAUGGCUUGAAGAUGGAAGUAGGGCAACUAGCAAAACAAGCAGAGAAAAUACCUGAGUUGCAAAAGGAAAUUGAACUGCUACAGACACAAAAAUUGGAUGUUGAAAAGCAGUCCCAGUCACAGAAGCGAGAAUUGAGGGAAAAGAUGUCAGAAGUUACGAAACAGCUUCUUGAAAGUUAUGAUUUUGAUGAUGUGAGAAGCAGACUUUCUACAGAGGAUUUGGAACACUUAAAUGAAGAUGGAGAACUGUGGUUUGCUUAUGAGGGCUUGAAAAAGGCUACAAGAGUAAUGGAAAGCCAUUUCCAAUCUCAGAAGGAAAUAUAUGAAAAGGAGAUUGAAGGUUUGAAUUUUAAAGUUGAACAUCUUAGCCAAGAUAUUAAUCAUCUACAAAAAUUAUUUCGAGAGGAAAAUGACAUAAAUGAUGGUAUUCGACUUGAAGUUAGCAGGCUAACUUCAGAAAACCUGGUGAUCCCAGAUCUUAAACAGCAAAUUUCUGAACUUGAAAAUCAAAAAUUAGAUCUUGAAAACCGUCUUCAGGAACAGACUGUAAAAUUGAAAGAGAUGUCUAACCGGCUGCAUUAUGAACUAGAGGAUAGAAAACAAACACGAACAAAUGAGGCCCAGAAUGAAAUGGACAUAAAAGAAAAAGAGACACUGAAAGUCACAACCCAAGAAAUUGAAGGACUGAGCAAUGGUUUGAAUCAAGAUGAAAUCCUGAAUGGAGUAAAAAGCAAGAUAAAGCACGAAACAACUCGACUUACUGUAGAAAACAUGGAUCUUGAAGAAAAACUAGACAUGAAAGAUAGAAUCAUAAAGAAAUUGGAGGAUCAGAUCAAAACUCUUACCAAGGCUAUUGAAAAAACUGAAGCUCCUGUGCCAACUUCAACCAAAGAGUACGUUGGAAUGAUGGAGUACAAAAAAGAGGAUGAAGAAAGGAUCAUUCAAAAUCUGAUCCUUGAUUUAAAGCCACGUGGAGUUGUAGUCAAUAUGAUACCUGGCCUUCCAGCUCACAUCCUAUUCAUGUGUGUGAGGUAUGCAGAUUAUCUGAAUGAUGCUGACAUGCUGAAAUCUUUCAUGAACGUAACUAUUGAUGGUAUCAAACAAGUUGUUAAGGAGCAUUCAGAAGACUUUGAGAUGUUGUCCUUUUGGCUUUCCAACACAUACUAUUUUCUUAACUGUUUGAAGCAGUACAGCGGGGAAGAGGAAUUUAUGAAGUGUAACACUCCACGUCAGAAUAAGAACUGUUUGAAGCAUUUUGAUCUCUCAGAAUACAGACAGAUUCUUAGUGAUUUGUCUAUUCGCAUCUAUCAACAAUUCAUUAUUGUAAUGGAGAACAACAUUCAGCCCAUGAUUGUACCAGGCAUGCUGGAAUAUGAGAGUCUUCAGGGAAUUUCUGGCUUGAAACCUACAGGGUUCCGUAAACGUUCCUCUAGUAUAGAUGACACGGAUACCUACACAAUGACCUCUAUCCUGCAACAGCUCAGCUACUUUUAUAGUACUAUGUGCCAGAAUGGCUUGGACUCUGAGCUUUUAAAGCAGGCAGUGAAGCAGCUUUUUUUUCUGAUUGGAGCUAUCACCCUCAACAGUCUCUUCCUCCGCAAGGACAUGUGCUCCUGCAGAAAAGGAAUGCAGAUAAGAUGUAAUAUCAGCUACUUGGAAGAAUGGCUUAAGGACAAGAAUCUUCAAAGCAGCAAUGCCAAAGAAACCUUGGAGCCUCUGUCUCAAGCAGCGUGGCUCCUUCAGGUCAAAAAGAUCACAGAUGAUGAUGCCAAGGAAAUAUGCGAACACUGCACAUCUCUUUCAACUGUGCAGAUAAUUAAGAUCCUCAACUCAUACACUCCAAUAGAUGAUUUUGAGAAAAGAGUGACUCCAUCAUUUGUUCGUAAAGUCCAGGCUAUGCUAAACAAUCGUGAGGAUGUUCCGCAGUUGAUGCUGGAUACCAAAUAUCUCUUUCAAGUGACGUUUCCUUUCACCCCCUCUCCACAUGCCUUGGAAAUGAUACAAGUCCCCAGCAGCUUCAAACUUGGCUUUCUCACAAGGGUUUAAUAAAACCAAUGCAUGGGUAUUUCCUCAGGGACUGUAGAAAGACAGGCAGACUUUCAUGAUUCAUUUCUCCAGCUGGUGGAUAGUAUGGGAGCUUUCAGUGAAUUAAGCUGUUAAAAACUUGUUCUUGAGUCAAGACUUGAAAAGUGGGACUACUUUCAGCUUGUGAUUUCUUUCUCUCUCUUCUUACUCUUCUCUCUUCAUUACAGUCCUACAAUGAUGACUUUAUAUCAUCAGGUGAACACAAAGCUAACCAUGCAGUUUUUUAGCCCAAACCUGACAGGAAAACCAUUUAUCUGACAAGUUUGCAUUGGUGCCCUUUCAGCACCAGUCAGAAUGGAGAACAAUAAAGAUUAUUACUUUAUGAUUUUCCUUCUCUUGCUGUAACAAGAGAUAUUUUUUAUCUUAAGGUAAAUCUGUUUAGUGCCUUGACAUACUGGAUCUGUUUUAGAGUAAGCCUUCACCCUUCUAUGCUUCUCAUACCUUUAUUCCUUUCAUAAAAGAAGUCUUUUAUAACACUUCUUCCAGAAAGGUGUUGUAGGAUGGAAGGGAAGAUCUUUCCACAGUUGUUUAUAAAAAAUCAAUAUAAAUAGCUACAUUGAAACUAGGGAUCUGAGAUCAUUCUAAGAGAAUUGCUGUUAUAAACCCACAUUGUCUUUUUGUAGGCAUGCUGGCUGGGCUCACCCUGAAUGCUUGUGUUACAGCUCACGCACACUAGACAGCUCUUCAGGCAGGGCAGAAGGAUUCAGGUGCUCUUCUUGGAUACAGAUUUCAGUUUUGUGCUUUGCAGUGACAAGUCUGGAUUUUCGUAUCAGUCACUAUAAUAGAAAAGUCAGAUGUAAAAUUCACAUCAUGAUCCAGGUUUGAAUUAUAAGCUUGUUACUUUAAAAAACAGGGUUCAUCUCUAGUGCAGUGUGUUUCAGAAUAUACACUGUGUAUGCACACGUCUGCGCAUCUUGUUUCUUCCUUUUCUUUUUGCUGGUUUCCUUCUUCCGGUCCAGACACUGAUAGGAGCGAAUGCAGCUACUGUGGUCUGGUCUUACUGAUAAACCAAGCUUAAAUCCUUGCCUUUCACCUUUAUUUAUUUCAUUUCAAUUGCAGGAUCCUUAGAAGCAGAAGCGCUCCCGUUUUUUUGUUCUGCCUUCUCCCUGUAGUCAGAAUGCAGUGAACAGUAACUUUAUUUAGUACUGGACCCUGUCAGAACAACUGGAGAAACAGCGUUCAACUCAGUACCAUGAUGUCUGUCCUUAAAGUCCUCAGUAAAUAAUGGUAGUUUUCUAGCUAGUCUAUUAGACAGAGUUAUUAAAAUAGAGUACAAAAGCUUUGAAAUAUUUAAUGGAUUCUAAUUAAUUUAAUUACUUCAAAUAUUACAGGAAAGAACAUUGAUUUGAAUAUUUUUUUGAUACACAGUAUCAGUAGUUCUUGUUUAAUUUCACAGAACAAACUGUAAAUAUAAAGAAGGAAUCAUUCUUGCUAUUUAGUAUCCUUGGUGUUUACUGUGUACAGUGAAAUAUUCUUGGUGAUAUCCACAGAGAUAUAUUAAAAAUAUAGGAAAGAAAACUGUUGUGUUUUGUUCAAUAGCAGUAAAAGCUGUAUAAAAUAUCACAGACGUAGGUAGACUAGUGUUUUGAUCUUUUAAAUAAAGUAGCUUUUAAAUCAAUUUGUACUGCUUUGAGUGAUGCAAUGGUUGGGUCUUCAGGACAGGAUUAUCUGAAAGAAGUUACUUGAAACUGUGGGAACAUUAGUGAAUGCUGUCUGCAUUAUAUUGCACCAUGAACAUUUGUUUAAUGGUUCUGUUGCUUUGCUGUAACAUCACUUAUCUUCCUGGUAGAACAGUUGGCUCUGCACGAAUUUCUGUAAAUAUUUUAGUGCAAGGAAUUUUGUUGCUGUAAUUUGUACAUGGCUGUUUUUACAUUACUGGAGCUGCAUGUCUGUUACCUGGUAUGGUGUGAGUAAAAUCACAGUCCACUCUUACAUCUAUGUCACAUAGAAGUGUCAGAAGAUAUGUAUGUUUUUAUGAUAAAAAUUAUUGAUCAAGGGCAAUUGUUCUGGCAAUUUGGUGUUGGGUUGCUUUGAGAGGUUUGUGUGAAGUAUGCUGUUAACACCAUGUGUGCAAACAAAAAAAGGGUCUUUUUAAAGAAAGUUCAAAGUUAUCAGUGUGAACUGUAUUGUCUCAGGAACUCCUCUGGCUUUUGCUGACAGUACAUAGUCAGUCGACCAGUGUGUAGGUAUGAAAUUCUGUUAUCUGUAAUUCUUCUAAAUGUAAGGAGCUGUUCUAGUGACGGUAGAUACACAAAUGAGGCAUUACUGAGGUUAACAUUCAUAGAAUAUUAGUAAAGGAGAAAGCUCGUUCAUUCAAAUGGGAAAAUGCUGGAUGAUGAUCCAUUACUGCAGUGGGAAAGCACUUAAAUGGCUUGUGGAGAGAUGCGUAAGAUUCUAUUGGCAUCUUCGGGUGCACUUAGACACGAGACCUACAGUUCCUGGGAACAGGACUAGGC